AACUUCUACUCGCCUAGCGGGAAAGGCCGGUUUUCAAAGGCAGGCGGAGCCAAUCGGGAUCGGCCUCCUUCCGGAAGUCCCACCCACCAACGCCAGUUUAAGGCUGGGUGGGAGGGGAACGGGGGAUGCUGCAGCCAUCUUAACUUGGGGCAAAGGAUUAUUUUCUUCUACCGCUCGGCUCAUCCUCGCCACAGUAUCGCAAUGCGGCCUAGGCUGUGAAGUCGCGCCCGGGAACCCCACGACGAGAUUCCCGGGUGGCGCUUCGUCCCCGUCCCCGUCCCCCACGAGAAGCCAUUUCACGCGCUAAAAUUCAUUCCGGCGGAGGAGCCGCAGGCCCUGCCCUUCUCCAAAAUGGCCGCCGGUGCUUCUCUCCGAUUGGCAAAUGGCGGCCGCCUCCCACUCCGCCUCCCGUGGCGUCACUUCCUGGAGAGAGCGACCCGGAAGCGGCAGCAGAAGCGACGCCUCCACGUGGGGCGGCGGGCGAGGAUGGCGGCGGGCGAGGCGGGCGAGGUGGGGUCCCGGGGGGAGGCCGCCCCCGCCUCCAGGAAGAAGGCCGGGCGGCCGCAGCGCUACUGGGACGGUGAGCCUGGCCGGACCGAAGGCGACCGGGCGGCCCCUCCGAAGACCGAGAAGGCCCGGCGGGCGCGGAAGGCGGAGCGGGCGGGGAAGAGGCGGAUCUCGGGGAAGGAGGGCCCCUUCCCCGGAGCCCCCGACCCGGUCCCGCCGGAGAGCGCGCGGAAGUUCCAGCGAGGAGCCCCGCAGCAGCUGGAGGCCGUGUCCAGCGAUCGGCUGAAGCACCGGCUGGCCUCGCAGGAGGAGAAGGCCCGAGCGGCCGCUCGCCAGGCGGCCCGGAUGGAGCUGCUGCUGCUGGAGGAACCCGGGUUUCUGGAGGGGGACGAGGAGGAAGAUACCUGCACAGUCACCCAGGCCGAUAUCGCUGCCGCCGUGGACCUCGCUGCCAGUGCCAAGCACUUUGAGUUGCGCCUGGAUCGUUUUGGCCCCUACCGGCUGAGUUACACGCGGAAUGGCAGGCAUCUCCUCCUGGGGGGGCGCCGGGGCCACGUGGCUGCCUUGGAUUGGCAGACAAAGGCCCUGAUGUGCGAGAUCAACGUCAUGGAGACCAUCACCGACCUCACGUGGCUGCACACGGAGAGCCUGUUUGCUGUGGCCCAGCGCAAGUGGCUGUACGUGUACGACCAGCAAGGUGUGGAGCUGAACUGCCUGAAGCGUUUCCACGGCGUCCAGCGGAUGGAGUUCCUGCCCUACCACUUCCUGCUGGCCACAGCGAGCGAGUCAGGGUUCCUGCAGUACCUGGAUAUCUCUGUGGGGAAGGAGGUGUCCACCAUCUGCACCAAGGCAGGCCGGCUGGCGGUGAUGGCCCAGAACCCCUCCAACGCCAUCGUCCACCUGGGGCACAGCAACGGGACGGUGACCCUUUGGAGCCCCAGCGCCAAGGCCCCACUGGCCCGGAUGCUUUGCCACCAGGGGGCUGUGAGGGCUGUGGCGGUCGACCCCUCCGGGAGCUACAUGGCCACCUCAGGGCUGGACCACAAGCUCCACAUCUACGACCUCCGAGCAUAUCGGCGCCUCCACUCUCUGCUGCUGCCCUCUGGGGCUGGGCUGCUGGAUUUCAGCCAGCGGGGUCUCUUAGGGGCCGCCUGCCAGGAGGUGGUGCAGGUGUACAAGGACGUCUCGGUCUGCCUGCCCCGGAAGCCCUACUUGUGCCACAGGCUGCCCGGCCCCUCCCACGGCCUUCGCUUCUGCCCCUUUGAGGACGUGCUGGGUGUGGGGCACGAGCAGGGCUUUGCCAGCCUUCUGGUCCCAGGUGCCGGGGAGCCGAACUUCGAUGCUCUGGAGAACAACCCCUUCCGCAGCCGGAGGCAGAGGCAGGAGUGGGAGAUUAAAGCUUUCCUGGAGAAGAUCCCAUCGGAGCUGAUCACCCUGGAUCCCACAGAGCUGGGCCGGGUGGACACCAUUUCCUUGGAGCAGCAGCGCGAGGAGCGGGCAGAGAGGCUGGGCUACGAUCCGGAGGCCAAGGAGCCCUUCUCCCCUCGGAGGAAGCUGAAGGGCCGGGACUCGGCGGGCAGCAGGCUGAAGCGAAGGAAGAAGGUGGCCGCUGAGGAACAGCGGGCCCUGGUCCGGAAGAGCUUGGCUGCCAAGGCAGAGACUCAGCCAGCGACCUCCAAGGCCAAACUCCCUCCAGCCCAGAGGUCAGCGCUGGAUCGCUUCCGGAAAUAGCGGGAAAAGAAGGCUGGCAUCCCCACCAUAUGCAGGGGGGUGGCCCUGGACGGCAUCGGCUCUGGGCAGCUGCUCCCAUGGACCUUCCCUGAGACUCCUCCGGGGUUUUAUUUGGACUUGGAUCUUUGCGUAAAUACACACUUUGUGACUUUU